ACUCGGCCGCUGGGCUCGUGCGGGGUUCUCUGGUUGCUGCUGCAGCAGCGAUCGCCAGUGCCCGUUGGGGGUCAGCUAGAAAGCGGCGCUGAGGCUGUCAGCUUGGGCACAGCUGCCUCACCAACCUUUCUUCUCCGGGCACGGUCCGGUCCGGGUGAGAGGUGGCAGGCCGGGAGGUCUGCCAGGGCUGCGGGCGCGUGUAGUCGGGGACUGGGUGUCUUUGUACAGGCAAGGGCUGGCGGAGGAGCAGAGAGCCUGUGGGUGCUCAUAUGUAUGCGGACCGGUGCGCUUGGCGUGAGAUAGGAUUGUGUCUUAUUUAUUUGUGUUUAUUCGCUGGCGAGCUGGGGAGCUAGACCCGGAGGAAGCAAGGAGUGAACCUGGGGGUCGGGUGGGAGGGGACUGGUAUCCGAUCGGGUUUUGUUUUCUUUAGAGAAAACGUGGUGGGAUUUUUUUCUUCUUUUUUUGAUUGGACUUGAUGCCCUCUUUUAAGGAGAGAGGGACGCUUCGGAGAGACUCUGGCGCUCCGAGUCCUCCUCGGCUCUCGGUGGGAACGGCCGGUGGAGCGGGAGCUCGCUGUGCGCUCCCGGCCGCGCACGUCCCCUCUGCUGGCCCCGACAUCUACACCGCCCCACCUUGCAGAGCAGAGAAGGAAAGAGAGCCCCAUGCCUGAGCCCAGGGGAGCAUCAUGGAUCUGACAAAGAUGGGGAUGAUCCAGCUGCAGAACCCUAGCCACCCCACGGGGCUGCUGUGCAAGGCCAAUCAGAUGCGACUGGCUGGGACUUUGUGCGAUGUGGUCAUCAUGGUGGACAGCCAGGAGUUCCAUGCCCACCGGACGGUGCUAGCCUGCACCAGCAAGAUGUUUGAGAUCCUCUUCCACCGAAACAGCCAGCACUAUACUCUAGACUUCCUCUCGCCAAAAACCUUCCAGCAGAUCCUGGAGUACGCCUACACGGCCACACUGCAAGCCAAGGCGGAGGACCUGGAUGACCUGCUGUAUGCAGCUGAGAUUUUAGAGAUCGAAUACCUGGAGGAGCAGUGCCUGAAGAUCCUGGAGACCAUCCAGGCAUCUGAUGACAAUGACACAGAGGCCACCAUGGCUGACGGUGGGGGCGAAGAAGAAGAGGACCGUAAGGCUCGAUACCUCAAGAACAUCUUUAUCUCGAAGCAUUCCAGCGAGGAGAGUGGCUACGCCAGUGUGGCUGGACAGAGCCUCCCUGGGCCCAUGGUGGACCAGAGCCCCUCAGUCUCCACCUCUUUCGGUCUCUCAGCCAUGAGUCCUACCAAGGCAGCCGUGGACAGCUUGAUGAGUAUAGGACAGUCACUCCUGCAAGGAACUCUUCAGCCACCUGCAGGGCCUGAGGAGCCCACACUGGCAGGGGGUGGGCGACACCCUGGGGUGGCUGAGGUGAAGAUGGAAAUGAUGCAGGUAGAUGAAGCCCCUGGCCAGGACAGCCCUGGGGCAGCUGAGUCUAGCAUCUCAGGAGGGAUGGGGGACAAGCUUGAAGAGAGGAGCAAAGAGGGGCCUGGGACCCCGACUCGAGGCAGUGUCAUCACUAGUGCCAGAGAGCUGCAUUAUGGGAGAGAGGAGAGUGGUGAGCAGCUCUCGCCUCCUGUUGAAGCUGGCCAGGGACCCCCUGGGCGGCAGGAGCCCCUGGCACCCCCAGUGGAGAAGCAUUUGGGUAUCUACUCGGUGCUGCCCAACCACAAGGCCGAUGCUGUGUUGAGCAUGCCGUCUUCAGUGACGUCCGGUCUCCAUGUGCAACCUGCCCUGGCAGUCUCCAUGGACUUCAGCACCUACGGGGGUCUGCUGCCUCAGGGCUUCAUCCAGAGGGAGCUGUUCAGCAAGCUGGGGGAGCUGGCUGUGGGCAUGAAGGCUGAGAGCCGCCCUCUGGGGGAGCAGUGCAGCGUGUGUGGGGUCGAGCUUCCGGACAACGAGGCAGUGGAGCAGCACAGGAAACUGCACAGUGGGAUGAAAACAUACGGGUGUGAACUCUGCGGAAAACGGUUCCUGGACAGUUUGCGACUGAGAAUGCAUUUACUGGCUCAUUCAGCGGGUGCCAAAGCCUUUGUGUGUGAUCAAUGCGGUGCCCAGUUCUCAAAGGAGGAUGCCCUGGAGACACACAGACAGACCCAUACUGGCACGGACAUGGCUGUCUUCUGUCUGCUGUGUGGGAAACGCUUUCAGGCACAAAGCGCACUCCAGCAGCACAUGGAGGUCCACGCAGGCGUGCGCAGCUAUAUUUGCAGUGAGUGCAACCGCACCUUCCCCAGCCACACGGCUCUCAAGCGCCACCUUCGCUCACAUACAGGUGACCACCCAUAUGAGUGUGAGUUCUGCGGCAGCUGCUUCCGGGAUGAGAGCACACUCAAGAGCCACAAGCGCAUCCACACAGGGGAGAAGCCCUAUGAGUGUAAUGGCUGUGGCAAGAAGUUCAGCCUCAAGCACCAGUUGGAGACGCACUACAGGGUUCACACAGGUGAGAAGCCCUUUGAGUGCAAACUCUGCCACCAGCGCUCCCGAGACUACUCGGCCAUGAUCAAGCACCUGAGAACACACAACGGUGCCUCGCCAUACCAGUGUACCAUCUGCACGGAAUACUGCCCCAGCCUCUCCUCCAUGCAGAAACACAUGAAGGGCCACAAGCCGGAGGAGAUCCCACCUGACUGGAGGAUAGAGAAGACGUACCUCUACCUGUGUUAUGUGUGAAGGGGGGGGCAUCCCCCCCAACACAUGGUAGAGCAGUGGCAGGAGCCAGCAAAGGCGAGCUAGAACCAGACAAAGUGGAAAGACUACGGAGAAAAGAAUAACAGAAAAGAAAAGGGGGAAAUAGAAAAAAGAGAGAAGGAGAAGGAAGCCUGAUAGUUACUUGGCCUUGGAUUAUUUCCUGGGGCUCCAGGUGAUCUGGCUAUCAAACCACUGCCCCCUCCCUGGGGUCUCUGCCCUCCUUGGUUCUCUUGGGUGGGUGGGGUGGGUUUGCUCAUUCACACAGGGGCAUAUUUUUCUCCUCUCCACAACCUAUAACUUCGUUUUGUGUCUAGAAAUGGAAACCAGGAAGCAGAGGUGAGGGUCUCUCUGGUCAGAGCCAUGACCUCUUAGACCUCCUUUCCCCUCCUCUGAAGAGGAUGGGAGGGGAGCAAAGAGGGAGAGGCAGAGAUGGGGGGGGGGUCCCCAGCUGAUGCUCAGAGUGGCAGCUCUGGCGUCAUGGCGGGAGAGGCUUUCUGCUCUGCCCAGCUACAGCUGGUGCCCCUCACUGUCUCUGAGAGUCCAGUGGCUCUCCUCACCCUUCAGCUUUUUGCACCUGCUUUUGAUGGCUGUUCUCUGGUCACAAGGGGCUUACACCGUCUGUGGAUCUGAACUGUAUCUUCCCUGGGUUCCUCCUAGGGAAAGCUGUGUCAGAUUCCAAAACUUCUUCCUUCCUUCCUUCCUUCCUUCCUUCCUUCCUUCCUUCCUUCCUUCCUUCCUUCCUUCCUUCCUUCCUUCCUUCCUUCCCUUAGCUUUCAGAGAACACAGAACAAAAUAAAGCAGGCAUUGUACCCCACCCAAACUCCCUCAUGAGCAAGAGUCCUGCUGAGCUGCACUCUGCUUGCAAAUGGAAACAAAGAUCAAACAAAAACCAACUAAAUAUAUUCUAUCCCACCCUCCAAACAAGUACACAUCCCUGCAACCGCAGCUCAGCCCCUAGGGGAAGGAAUCUCAUCAUCCUAUUGAAAGGCCCCUUUGCCCCAGAUGGGGAGUGAAUGCCCCCUCUCAGGUGAGCUUUACGUGGUGGAGGUGGGAGUGGAUGCCCUGCCUGAUCAGAGUGGGAGGAUUGGCCACUGGAGAACGUUACUGUCACUGAGGAUCCUCUAAGCACAGGGAGAACCCUAGAUCUGGAGAUUAGCACCGACUUCCUGGCUGGGAGUGGAGGUGGUGGGGCUGCCCCCAGGGAGCAGAGGGGAGGAGCUGAUGGCGCUUCUGGCCUCUUGUCAUGUUUGCUUUUAGCACAUUGUACUUGAAUUACCUCAGUUUCUUUCUUUUUUUCUUUCUUUUUUUUUUUUGUGACCUCAUGAGCUUUUGAAUCCCCUAUCUCCUUCCCCACCCUUUUGGUUGUGAGAGAUAUUAGAGGAACUGGGAGGGUGUCAUUUUCUGUUCUAGUGGAAGUUAAUAGUUGGCUUUGAACUUGACCUGGUAGAGGCCCUCCCCUUCUCUGGCUGGAAGCUGUAGGAAAAAGUGGACCAUUCAGGAUCUGAGUGGAGGCCAGGAGGGCUGAGAAGGUGGUGGGAGUGGAGGGAAGGACGACUGGGUUGUCACUAUGUCUCCCCAUAGUAUCACUAGUCACUGUUGGCACCACCCAGGGCUCAGACCAUCAGUGCCCAGCUUUAGUUCAGCCGGAAACACUCUGGAGAAAGGUCCCAGUGGUCUUAGAAUUAUCUGGGCUGUUUAGGUUCUAGAGGGCCUGUUAUUAAGAUCUAUACAGCCACGUGGUCUCCUGCCGUUAAUACUGCCAGAGUUGGUAUAUUUUCAUGGCUGCUGUCUGUGUACAUGAGGGGCAGAUGAGCCAGGUUUUGUUGUGCUGGGUGGGGUAUUGUUUUUCUAAAAGCUACCUCUUCUGUUUGUCCAGUCUUUGGUUCCUUCUGCAGCUCUGCCUCCUCCAGCCUCCCUGCCCUGAAUUUUGGGAAGCACAUUUGUAAUAAUCUCCUUUGCUUUGGGACGGACCCACACCCACUUCAUUUCGUGCUUUAUGUAUGUGUAAGAGACCUGUUGUCUUUUCCUCUCCUCCUCCUCUUUCUCUGAGAGAGAGUCAUGGCUGUGUUUUGAUCUCAGAUUUUAAAAAGUGGUUUAGGAAAAAACCGUUGACAGGGGCAAAGGGCCAUGAAAAGGAACAGAAAGUCCGAGGGGUGGCCGCUGCUGUAGCCACGCCCCCUAUUCACCGGCCACGCCCCCAUCCCGCCCAUUUUUACCCCCUACAAUUUCAUCCAUCUUAUCUGAAGGCCUUAAGAAAAAACAUGUGUUGAGAGGAUAUGGGCUGGGGUCGCUUGACUCUCAGUGUGAGGUAGGGAUGGUAAAGUGCAGAGGGGACUAUUUGGAACUGUAGGGAUGACUUAGUGCAUUGGGAAGGAAAAAAAAACCCUUAAGCUUGAAAUACGUGGCCAGAACAGCUGUUGUGCUUAUAAUGUGAAAAGAGGAUCUUCUAGAAAAGAGUGGUCUUUAAAAGUCGUCAUAUACUAUGGCUUAUUCCCCUGACCAGGGGGAUGAAGUGUGAACUGCUCACCUUCAGGGAUCUUUAACUCCCAGAAAACAGCAUUUUUAACAGGAAGAUGUCAUUCAAGAUCGGUGACAAAGAGAAAACCUUUCGACUCCUCCAUAGAACUGGCUGGUCCCUUGCCUCCCAACCCUUCCCACUCAGCCUGCCCCACACAGACCCCCGCCCAACCAUAAAAGCUGGAGAGGGCUGAGCUGAUCUUUUCAAACUGUAAUAUUUUUGUAGUAUUUGUUAUUUCUUCCGUUCUACAGGACCUUGCUCUUUUCCUUUUGUAAUGUGAACAGGGGUGGGGGUGAAAAAGGAAAAAGUAAAAAAAAAAAAAGUUCAUGGCCAUCAACAGCAAAAUCUGUACGUGUGUGUGUGUGUGUGUGUGUGUGUGUGUGUGUGUGUGUGUGUGUGUGUGUGUGUGUGUGUGUCUGGAGGUGAAGUCACGAGGUAUUGUCUGUGCUGCUGUCUCAGUGUUGGUUGGUACUUGCUCAGCCUGCCCUGUCUGUCACUGAGGGCUCUGGGAUCCUAGUGGAGACAGGGACCGCUUAGAAGGGACCCCUUCCUUCUGUUUCUCUUGGAGCCAAGACACCUGCCCCUAUGUUCCAUCAGGCCUUCCCCCCAGUUUCCCAUUCAGGAAGAGGAAAUGGUUUGGAAGUUGCCAGGGCCUUCUCUGCUGGGCUUGUUGGCCAGUGGGCAGGGAGGAGCUGUCUGAAGCCUCUGGAGCACGGAGCUGAGGAGGCUGGAAGGGUGGAGGCCCUUUCUUUCCCAGGGUAAACUGUGUUUCCACUCGUUGAGACGUCUGGAUAGUCACGCCUCUGCCUUUGGCCAUGUUGUUAACAGAACCCUGGAACCCCCGACUUGCUGCUGCCUUAUCCAGCUCGGUGACCUUCUCCCCACCUAGCAAAUCCAAGCUGCUCACUGGUCCCUCCCCCUGCCCAGUUUCUACGAAUGACUCCCUUCAUGCCUCUGACUACACUGACCCCCCCAUCAGUGCUUCUCCCCUGCUUACUCCUUUGCUCAUUUAAAGCAUUAAAAUCCUAUAUGUAUAUAGGAUAGACAAAUAUAUAUAUAUUAUAUAUAUAGAAAGAGAUAUAGCAAGAGAGAUAUAAGAUAGAGAAAUGUCAUUGCUGCUUGGUUGCUUUACAUGAAGAAGAGGAAGGCAGGUCUGGGGUACAAGGGGUGGGUUAGAAGGCUGGGUGAGCCCAGUGAUUCAGUACAAUCCAGGGAUACCACACGGGCUUGUGUAAAUCUUCGUGCCUGAACAGUUUUUCCAUGUUGAGAAAAAAAAAAAAAAGAAAACUGCUGCAGAUUUUUAGGGAUGUAUGGUAUUGCUGCCAGGUACCGUGGGGGCAGCCGGGAUGGGAGGACCAGUGUCCCUUAGAGGAGACAGGAAGCACUUUUGGUCUUGGGGCAUGGUGGGGGAAGUGGAGCGGGUAGUAGACUUUUUGGCCAUUCCCCUAGCCAGCCAGACUAGGGUGGACACUGGGGAAUGUGAGACAGAUACACAAAGAGCUGGGGGGCUGCGGUUCUGUUGAUUUAUCUCCCCCACCCCCCACUUGCUAUCUUCUCCCCCCCUUCUAUACAGCCUUGCCCUCUCCUGAAUCUUCUGACCCGGCUAUGGUGGCCGCACUUACCUGGAGGUUCCUGGAGGAGGACAAACAGCAGAACUAACAAUGGGUGGAGGAGGAUAAAAAAGAGAUGCCCAAGAGAAGGGUUGGGGACAAACAGAAUAGAUGGAGUCAGGGGAAAGAGUGAGGAGAAGGGAGAGAAAGCCCCAGCAAGCCUGCCCACCAGCAGCUCUGAGUCCUCGGCUCCUGGGUGGCCCACUUUGCAGACAGGGUCCCUCCUCCCCGAGUGUAUCAUAGUACUUGUUCACAUAGUGUUAUGCAUGAAUCCUCGUAAGGUGAAGAACCGUCAUGAUGCACCAUGCCAUCGCCCUAUAUAUAAAGAUAAAUAUAUAUAUAUGUAUGUAUGUAUGUAAGUUAUAGCACUGAGGGCCCUCUGGCCCUGUUGGACCAAGCAAAACUAAGCCUUUUGGUUUGGGUGUCAUGUUUCCUUGUUUUUUUGUUUUUUUUUUGUUUUUGUUUUGUUUUGUUUUGUUUUUUGUUUUCUUGUUUUUUUUUCUUUUUUUUUCUUGUCUGAUGUGAGAGCACAGGUGCCAGUCUAGUUGCUUCGUUAUCACAGAAUAGUGUUUUUAAUUCAUCAAUGUUCUAGUUAAUGUCUACCUCAGCACCUCCUCUUAGCCUAAUUCUAGGAGGUUGCCCAAUUUUGUUUCUUCAAUUUUAUUGGUUCUUUUGGUUGUUGUACAAAUCACUCUCCCCACCCUUGGCCCCUCCCCCUUUCUCCUCUCCUGUCUCUCCCCCCACCCACCCUCUCCUCCCCUCAGGUCCGACUCCCUCCCUCCAGUUAGCCCCAUCUCACCACUCCCCUUGCCUUCACUUGCCUCCAGUCCAGACUGCUUUCUGUCCACUUGGAAGUGCGCUCCCCGUUGCAGCCGCUUACCUACCCACACCUGCCUUCCUUCUGUGUAGAUUGAUGCAUUUCUUGUUAACUUCAGUGUUUCUGACAAGACUUUAAAAAAAAAAAAAAGGAAAAAAAGUGAAUUUACUGCUGCAGGUUUUUUUCUCCAUGUGUCACCAAGUGAAGUUUGUGCCUUCUAUAGCAAAGAGAAUAUUUUUUACAUCCUACUAACAGUAGAUUUUUUUGUAGUGAACAUUUUUUGUAUUUUUAUUUAUAAGUCUCAUAAGAAAAAUAGCGAUGUUCAGUUGUAUACCUUGAAUCUGCAGUUAGAAGAGAAUAAAGUUAACUCAGUUGUCUCUGG